AUGAUCAGUCAUUUUACAUUGAAACGACUUACGAUAUAUGUUUUCUGUCUGAUAUUGAAUCUCAUUGUUAUAGCACUUCUAUCGGAUUCUUUUACUUUAAUUACACAUGAAUCGAUUAGAAAUAACGAGAAUUAUUUCAAUUUUACACAUUUGCAUGCUGCUUUCAAUCGUAGUACGAGCACAGCAGCAGCACCAAGACUGUGUAUUCUUGUACGUACAUAUGGUUCACAAAUUGGAUAUUUACCUGUUCUAGUUCUCUCGCUAUUUCAUUCACAUCUUGAAAAUGACCGUAUCUUGGUAAUAAACACAGAUAAUCGCACUGAUAUCCGACUUCUUAAUGAUACAAUUCGUUUUGUUAACACUUUAGUUGCUCGUAAAGAUUACGUUACCCUCCUUGAUUACGGUUUACUUUCAGUUGGAACAGACUUUGGAUAUUAUAUGACGGAUCAGGUAUUGACAUAUCUGUACAACUCUUCUAAAUGGGACUGUCAAUAUAUUACUUUUACGAAUGGUGAUAAUUUCUAUUCUCGAGUAUUCGGUAGCAAAAUUAUUCCGCAUAUGAAAGGUGGUAUGGAUAUUAUUGCAUGGGGAUUCGUAUCACACCAUUCUUGGCCUGAAUUUCAAGAGAUGACUGUUACUAAACAUCGUAGUGUACCGCAAAUUUUCGACGAUGGGAGUAAUAAGUGUAUUAGCGUGUCAUUGAAAAGCUCUCGAGCUGAUUUAGGCGCGGCGGCAUAUCGACUGACGUUCUUGAAACGACAUCAUCUGUUUUUUCGAGAUCUUCAUGGAAAAUACAGCUUGAAUUCUGAUGGAAUAUUUAUUCAAAGAGCAGCGAUGCUGACUAAUUCAUCUGUUCUACUUCGACAAACUUUGUUUGUGCAUCAAUGA